UAUGGCGUCCGAAGAGUUCAUACUGAGGAGUAGCCGAUUGUAAAUGCUGAUAAGACGUGAUAAUCUAUGACUUAAGUUCGUUUGCUGUAAACACUCAAGUAUGAGCCAGUGGUAACAGAGUUUGUGUAAAGUUUGAGCUUGUUCUCAUUCCGUAAAAGAGCUAAACAAAUACGCCAUUUGACAACCUUGUCCUUGGAUUGUGUUUUGAACGACGAACCGGUGCUGUGUGUUGUGUGGUUGAUCAAUUCAAAGAUCAAAUCAACAACAAACUGCGGAAGUGCACAAACUAAAUUCGUGAGUAGCGCGUUGUUAAGGGUUGCCAGUUGUUAUCUCUGAACUGAAGUAAAUGAGCGAGUGAACGCAGUUGCCACUAUGAACACCAAAGUUAAAGAAGAGGACAAAAAGUUCAUUGAAUGUGUGCGUCAGUUUCCAAACUUGUACAAUAAAAAGCUCAAGGAAUAUCGGGACUUGGAUAAUGCCUUGUCAACGUGGAAGGCGAUCGCCGCAACCUGCGGAAAGGAUUGGAAGGAGUGCAAGCAGAAGUGGAGAAAACUACGAGACGCUUAUGUCAAAGUGAAGAAGAAUGAAUACAGAAAGGCCAAAGGAGGCGACACUGCGGAGAAGCACACAAAUUGGCCACACUAUGACUCCAUGUCAUUCCUUGAAGAACACAUCAGGCACAAAGAUGUUGGAGAAGUGGAUCAGACCGAUAAUUCCACUGACGACACGUUGGAGUUUGAGGUCGACAAUGAUCAGAGAGCUCUAUGCAACGAGGGAGCGUCCGGGAGCAGUGUUAUUCCAACAACCAUACACAUAGCUCAACCCCUCUCGUCCUCCUCCAGGGAUCACUUUGGCGGUGCCUCAUCUUCCUCUGAAGACUCCCCGCGAGCCAAGAAAUCGAAAAGAAUGGACAUCGUCGAGAUGGCCAUUCUGGAAAGCCUCGCUCACAGCCGACCGAGAAUGGACACCAACGAAGAUGAAGACGAACUCUUCGGUAAGAUGAUCGCCGCCACUUUGAAAAAGUUUGGCGCCAGAGAAAAAGCGCUGUGCAAAUUUAAGAUUCAGCAGGUCCUGUUCGAACAGGAAGAACUCAAUUUUAGCGGAGCUGUAACUGUAACUAGCAUAAAGCAAGAUGUAAGUUUUUAAGCGGUUAUUUUUGAACAGUUUGAAAUUUGUCAAGGUUGAAAGAUGUAUUUUAAAUAUGUGGUUUUUUUUUAAUUGAUUAUUUAAAAAAAAAAAUUCAAGGUAAAAAGAUGUGUCUUUUUUUAUUAAUUAUUGUUUUUAUUUGUCAAGUUUAAGAGUUGUUUUUUAAAGGUGCUGUCUUGUUGCAGUUAUCCUGAACACUUCAUUGUUACAUAAAAUUGUCACCUUUAAUCAGCCUUGAAUUUUAAGCUGGCAGAAUGUACAGUACCAUGUUAUGUAGAAUGGGGUGUGGCUUCAAGUUUGGCAGAAUUUAAUUUAACACGCCGCUUUUUAAUUACAUUAUUCAGCGCUUGGUUUUAAUUAAGCAUUCCAUUCAAUAACUCAAUAUUCAAGAAUGACAAAGCACCAUUAUUAUCUAUUGUGUACCAUAGUACCAAAUAGAAUCAAGGGUUGUAAAAUGGCUCAACAAGUUUUCAGAUGUGCCCCAGUCUUUUUGAUUUGAGGUGUGCGAUUCAAGUGCACAUUGUUGGUCGUUUGUAGGGUUGUUUGAAACAUCAGAAUUUUUGGCGAACUUAAAGUUUUUACUGGAUGUUUUCAUAAAAUGCAUGAGUCUGUCAGCUUUUUCACGGAGAGAAUUUGGAAGGGUCCUUGGGUGUUUUGUAUUUUGGCUAGCAGUCAUCUUUUCCUCCGUUGGUCUGUUUGCAAAUUGUGUCUGCAGGAAGAUCUUGGGUCAAUUUCAUAAAGGGUUAGAACUAGUCCCAGGAGAUAUUAAAAACUUACGGCGAGUAACUCGUCCUAACUCGGAGAUAAGACUUGUCUUUUAACGAUUUGUGAAGUCCACCCCAGGUCAUGUAGCUCUUUGGUAAAAAAAACAUAAUGUCUCACUGGUUACAUGGUCUGAAUAGACUAAAAGCAGCUUUUGAUUUUAUUGUUUUGGACACAUUUUUUUGUUUGUGUAAUUAUACCGCGUUGUGUCUCUUAUCUUCACUCUAUGGUAACUAAACACCAAAUAGAUAGACUUGGAUACGAACUGUAUGCCCGCUCUAGUGAUAAACGGCAGUGGACACUAUUGGUAAUUACUCAAAUAUUUAUUAGCAUAAAACCUUUCUUGGUAACGAGUAAUGGG